UGGUGGGGACAUUGCAACACACCCGGUGGUGUUUUCAUUGUUUUGCGGUGUUUUCUUCACAAUCGCUCGAUUUCCUGCCGUAUUUAGACAGUGAGAAGGACUUCUUUCCUGCUCAGUACAUCUAGGACAGUGUGCAGAAUGUGGAUCCUGAGGAAUUCCUCAGGGCAUAAAUUCCAUGUUUCCGGCGACAAGGACAUUCACACAGUGGGCAGGGAUACCAGCUGCAGUCUCUACCUGGACAAUGACAAGUCCAUCAGCCGUCUUCAUGCACAUCUCAAGGCGACGCCCGAGAAACUGUUCGUGAUCGACAUGGAAUCGCGCUACGGAAUCUUCCUGAACGAGUACAUUGAGCAGAUCAUCCGGAUGCCAGCGAAGGAGGCUGUGGAGCUGAAGGCUGGCGACACUGUUCAGUUCGGGCGCUUCCACAACAGCUGGACAGUGGAGAGCACCAGCCUGAGCAUCGUGACGUCUUCACUGUCGGCGAGUGAAGUGGAAAAGGUGGCGGAAGACGUGAGAAUUGUCUCCGGGAGGCUGCUGGAGAGCUGGUCAAGUGACUGCACGCAUCUGGUGAUGGCGCACAUAGUCAUCACGAUGAAGGUUCUGCUGGCGCUGGUCUCUGAAGUGCCAAUUGUGCGUCCGGACUUCGUCACGGCGCUGGUUUUGAGCGCUCAGACGCCAGCGAAGCCUCCAAAUCCCGAGGAUUUCAUGCCUGACAUUCAGGAGGAGAACCUGAACAAGGCCACCUGCUCCUUCCACCCCGACAGUGAGCGCCGGACGGUGUUCAGCGGCAAGAGAUUCAUCUUCCUCAGUCAGGAAGUGAUGAAGCGCUACGAAACCGUCGUUCGCCUGGCCGGCGGCAGAGCUGUGAGCAUCGAGACGGACAAGCUGAGCCACAGCGCCUGCAUCCAAGUCGGCACCGUCGUCGUGAGCUCCUCCAGCACGGCACCGGGUGCCAGGGAGUGGCCAAAGGUGCAGCGGAUUGAGAAAACGCUGCAGGCGAACGGGCAUCGCUUCAUUCCCGACAAGGAAAUCGCUCUGGCCAUCAUUUACAAGUGCACAGAGAAGUUCUGCAAUCCGCUGUACAAUUUCGCGGCCAACUUCCUCUUCUGCCGACCAGCCGAGAGGCCCAAAGCGGAGAUCCUGGCCGAAGAGACGCCCGCAAUCGAAGACUGCAAGGAUUCGCCGAGGCCUCCGGAGGUCACGCUGCCGGAGACUCUUCAAGAUCACGCGUCCGUGAUCUUGAAUGAGAUUCCGCAAGCACUGGAGAUCCCUGAGACUCUGCCGGAGCCUCAAGUGGAGCCGCCCAAGGCGGAGAAGAGGAAGCGAAGCGCCUGGACGCGAGUAGAGAAGGAUGCUGGGCCAUCGAAGAGGACAAGAUCUGCAGCUGUGGCGCCAGAAAGGCGGCGUCCGGAAAGUCCAUCGCGCGAGAAGAGAAAGCUCAAAGAUCUGCUGAACAAUUCACCCGAAGAGGAGUUCAGCAUUGUGGUGAAGAGAGCCCGGAAGAAGGCUCCGGAAGCUGUUAUUCCCAAAUCCCAGCCGGUCAGGAGUUCAGCGCGAAACAAAGGCCAGGAAUCUGCGGCUGUGUCGCUCCCAAAGCCGCCAACGUUCGCUGAGCCGGUGAAGAUUUCGCGCUGCGAGAUGAAGUCGACGGGUUGGCUGUCGAAGAAGUUCUCCGAAGCCAGUCUGGAGGAGAGCGAGAAGGAAGCGGAGAAGAGCGGCGACUGGACGGAUUCGCUGAAGGCGUGCGUGCAGACGAAGCUGAUGGACAGCAGCUUGGCUGAUGAGUCGUCGAGCGACUCCUUGAGCAGGAAGAGCUUCAAGGCGUUCAAGAGGAAGUCGUCGUUCGUCGCCCAGAAGAUUGUGGAGCAACUCGUCCAGGUGGAUUCCGGAAGGGGCGAAUGAGUGAAUUCCUGUUCUUUUCCGC